AUGAGCUACAUUGCCACUACGGUAGUUUUUCUCAGCGUCUUUGCUCACCCGUCUAGCUGUUUUUCAGGAGACAGAGUGAAGCUGACCGACGUGCAGACUCUCACCUUGCGGCAAGGACAGUACACAACUGGACGUCGGUCGCACCCGGUGCCACAGCUUAACUGCCGUGGUGGCAGCGCGGGUUGCCAAGACCAGCCUUCAGUCGUGCAAUGCUACAACCGGGGCACUGAUGGCAGAGACGUACAGGAAGGAUACGAUUAUCCGCAAGACGAAUACAUCCUGGUUGGAUCUUGUGGCCUAGAGUACUAUCUGGAAAAGACUUCAUAUGGCGGUCGCUCAUCGAACGGCGCUGGAAACGCUAAUCUAUUCGGGAGUGUCCACCGUACCCGCCAGAACCUUACAUCGUGCGAUGCUGGCUACCGACCAUUAAUAAACUACCCAGCCGCCGAGCAAUGUGCACCACCUCCACCUUACUACCCAGGAGGCAACCCUCCGGCAUACAACCCAAACUACGUCUCAGCAAGGUGGGCCCCGACAGGGUGGCCUAGGAGCUCAUCGGAGGGACCUGGUUUUUGGACUGGAGCUGCGACAGGUGGCCUGGUGGGCUAUCUGUUCGGAAACAGGGGCAC